CGCCCAAGACCCCUCCGGCGCGUCCGUGGGAACUCGUCGCUUCGUGAAUCAAGGCAGCUCAUUUCGGCCUCCGCGACCUGACCGCGUCGACCAUCUCGAAUGCUGCGAUGCCGCCUCUCUGCAGCAAGCCAUGUCCUCCGUAACGGCUCGACGCUGCUGACGAAGGAGUGGUUGAUCAUCAGAGCACCAGCGAAGCACGCGGGCACUGCCCGGUACCACGGCACUUCUGUUCGGAGCAACCCUCAGCAUGAAGCAGUCGCGUCGAGAGGCUUCCGUGCGCACGAAGGCCAGCUGUCGUUGUCAGACAAUCAGCGCAGGACUAUAUACGCGCUCUCAACGCCUCCGGGAAAGGGCGGGGUAGCGGUGAUCAGAAUAUCGGGCCCGGACGCGCUGCUCGUGUGGAGGGCAGUGGUGAACAGAGGAGCGCGUAAGGAUGGACCUCGGAACGAUGAUCCUGCACCCUGGCAAAUGUACAGGUGCAAAGUCACUCACCCUGUGUCCGGAGAGGUUCUGGAUGAUGGCCUUGCAGUCUACUUCAAAGCGCCGAAGUCCUUCACCACAGAAGAUGUUGUAGAGCUGCAUAUUCAUUCUGGUCGGGCUGUCGUGUCCUCGGUGCUGUCUGCUCUAUCUUGCAUCCCUGCCUGUCGUCUUGCGGAAGCCGGGGAGUUCACGCGUCGUGCCUUUAAGGGUGGUCGUCUCGACCUGACCCAAGUCGAGGGAUUGAAUGACCUAAUAAAUGCGGAGACUGAAAGCCAGCGCAAGGCUGCGCUGAUCGCAGCGGGGGGUAUUGCACGAAACCAUUUUGAGAAGCUCAGGAAAGAUAUCAUACAAUGCCUUGCUCUCGUAGAGGCUCUCAUCGAUUUUGGAGAAGGCGAGGACAUCGAAGAAGGUGUAUUUCAACAAGCCAGAGAACGUGCCCGAGAUAUAGCACAGAGCAUACGUGAGCAGUUGUCUGACAACCGAAGAGGUGAAAUCCUGCGGUCCGGUAUACGGCUGGCCAUAUUUGGACCACCCAACGCGGGUAAAAGUAGCUUAUUGAAUUUCCUCGCUCAGCGAGAAGCGGCCAUCGUGACCUCGGUGCCGGGCACGACUCGAGACAUCCUGGAACUCUCCCUAGAUAUAGGCGGCCUACCCGUGAUUGUCGCUGACACUGCUGGUAUACGGCAGACCGAUGACCUGGUUGAAAGCAUAGGCGUCGAACGCGCGCGCAAUUUAGUUGAAUCGACGGACGUCUCGCUUUGCGUGCUUUCACUGCCGGACGUCGCGGAGGGAUCCACGAACAGUCCCGUCAUUCCGCCUUCCGUGGCCUCGCUCAUCGCGCCGGACACCUACGUGCUCUUGAACAAGUCAGACGUGGCGGAUAUCGCACCGAACCGAGUUUCAGCUAUACUGGAUGCCCUUGGAACCAGCAGAGGAUGGGUCGUCAGCUUGGCUACGGGUAAGGGUACGCAAGACUUCCUAGACGGAUUCGCACAGGCAUUACAGGAGCGGUACGAUGUACAUCAGGAGCAGAACACGGAUGUCCGUCCGCUCAUAACUCAUGCCCGGCAUCGUGUCAACCUGGAGCAUGCACUGCAGUUCCUGGAUGCCUUCCUAGGCUAUGACGCGGAGGACGUGGUACUGGCUGCGGAAGAACUCCGCUACGCCGCACAGGCAAUUGGCAAAAUUUCUGGCGUGAUUGAUGUGGAGGAUAUCCUCGAUGCUGUAUUUCGUGACUUCUGCAUCGGAAAAUGAGAAGGUACUUUCCCUGUGUCUAUAUUCUGAGAAGGCGAGUUACC